CAUCGUGAGACAAUCAACUCAGAUCAUCGCCAUAGAAUUUUGCUGGACAGAUAUGUAGAGAGUUCACAGCAUCUUCGUGAUCUUUAUGAAGAUAAAGAUGGUCUUCGUAAGGAGGAAGUGGCUGCCUUAUCUGGGCCAAAUGAGCUUGCAGAGUUUUAUAAUCGUCUUAAGCAAAUAAAGGAAUUCCACAAGAAGCAUCCUAAUGAGAUAAGUAUUCCUAUGAGUGUGGAAUUUGAAGAAAUCAACAAGCAAAGAGAAGCAAAUGAUGAAAAUCUGAUAAUGGCUGAUUUCACGGAUGAGGAAGGCUAUGGCAAGUACUUAGACUUACAUGAGUGCUACAACAAGUACCUGAAUAUAAAAGGACUAGAAAAAAUAGACUACAUCACAUAUCUAACAACAUUUGAUCGCUUGUAUGAGAUUUCCAAGGACAAGAAAACCACACUGUACAGGGAAUACUUGCAUGUUCUCCUUGACUACCUCUAUGGCUAUGCAGAAAGAGUGAAGCCUCUUCUAGAUCUUGGGGAAGAACUUGAUGCUGUCCGCAAGGACUUCAAUGAACAGUGGGAAAAUGGCAGAUUUCCUGGAUGGCCCAAAGAGACUGGAGGUGCUUUAGCAGCCAUGGGUGCUCACUUAGACCUAUCUGCUUUCUCUUCUUCUGAGGAGCUGAUGUCAUUGGGACUGGAUCGCCUCAAAUCAGCUCUCAUGGCCUUGGGCCUAAAGUGUGGGGGAACACUGGAGGAGAGAGCACAGCGGCUUUUCAUGACGAAGGGUAAAUCGGUAGAGGAGCUGGACCCCUCCCUCUUUGCCAAAUCCAAGCCAGGAAAGGUAACCAAAGGCAAGGAGACUGAGAAGAUCAAAGAGCUUGCUGCUUUGGAAGCUCAGGUUUACAGACUGACAGAAAUUCUCUCAGAACAGAGAAAUGCAACCAAAGAAAAUGUGCAGAGAAAACAGGCUAGAAGGGAUGGCGAAGAGGAGGAGGAAGAAGAGGCAUCAGCCUCAGAGUCUGAGGAUGAAGCUGAUGAUGAGGUACCUUACAACCCUAAGAACCUUCCCCUUGGCUGGGAUGGAAAGCCCAUUCCAUAUUGGCUCUAUAAACUUCAUGGACUCAACAUCAGUUACAACUGUGAGAUCUGUGGGAAUUUCACAUACAAGGGUCCAAAGGCAUUUCAGAGACACUUUGCUGAGUGGAGGCAUGCUCAUGGCAUGAGAUGUUUGGGUAUCCCAAACACAGCUCAUUUUGCUAAUGUUACUCAGAUUGAAGAUGCCCUCAAACUUUGGGAGAAAUUGAAAGUCCAAAAGACAUCAGAGAGAUGGCAGUCUGAGCAGGAAGAAGAAUAUGAAGACUCGCAAGGAAAUGUUGUUAAUCGGAAAACUUUUGAUGAUCUCAAGAGACAGGGUUUACUUUAGGAGGAUAUUCUGAAAGAAUUUAACCCAUUCCUGACAGGUGGCAUGUGCGCACAUGCCAUGGCAUGGUGGGAUUAUCUGCCGGGGGCAUGUAUGCAAAAUAUAAUUUUUCUGCCAGUGAAAGUGUGAUUGUCAUUUUUAACACUUUUUACUAUGAAAAAAAAAAAAAAAAGCAACAAACCGAUGAUUUCAACUCCAUGAUGCUGCACACUGCUUAUUUUAUUCAGUCUAUAGACUGAAUAUUGAUCAACUAUGGAGUCUAUAUAACAACAAUUAUACCCUUCAGUCUCGAUUUAUCAGGAAGUUUGGCAAGUAGAGACUUUAGAAAAUAAUGAAAACUGAAAAUGCAACAUAUCUUCGUAGUAUUACGAAGAAACGGCAAGGGAUGCUGGUAUUUGGCAUGAGUGGUCGCGCAUGCUAGGGCGACGAUAUAAGCCCUCGGCAGUGGGGCCCGGGCCACUAUGAAUACUACUCGUCGGGAAAGGUUUAAUAGUAAUAGUGUGGGCCACUUUAUUUUUUGUGAAUGGCUAUAUGAAUUAGUCAGUCAUGAAGAAGAGAUAAUGAAAUUUUUCAUAUAUUCUUCAUAUUUGUCAUAUAUAUUAUAUUCUGAAAAUGCUGUUUAUAAAUGUGUAUAGUAUGUAAUAUGCAUAUUCUUAGAUAGUGCAAGAAAUGAGUAACUGAAAAAUAAGAAUGUUUAUGUAAGUGAUGAAUUUUAAGUUGAUUUUUAUAUCAAUAAUACAGGACUAUUCCUUCAAUA